UAGAGAAUCUGAUAGCAACCAAAUUGUAUAAAGUUUUAAAACGUAGAUAACAAUAUCUUCUUAAUAAAGAUGCGCACUCUGUAUUUAGUCUUCCUGUUGUUUCUAAACAAGAUAGAAGCAAGAGUACCUGACCAAGUUUUCUACUGGCCGAUCAAACCUUUUAUAUUUUAUAAUAAUAACACGUUAGACGGUAUAUUACCGUUUUUGUAUAAUCGGUUAGCUGAGUUAUGUAGUCCUAAUCAGAAGCUAGCUGAAUUUCAUUUGGUUAACAAAACAUUUAUUCAGAGUGUCUUCUAUAAAACUGUAAGAGAAGUCUCUAGUGGGUUCAAGAGUGCAAAAAAUAUAACUAUAAACAAUGCUAUAUGGUAUCCUUUAUUAAUUACUCCAGAUCGAAAUUUUUUGUCAACUUAUAAAGUGAAGGCAGACUUUUUUAUUCAUUCUCCAAGUGUUGGUGUUAUAACUAAUAAAGAAAAAAUAACAAUUACAAAUAAAGUUAUUGAAUCUAUUAAAAAAAGUACUUCAAUUGCUUUGCAUGCUGGUGGUUUCAUUUUGAUUUUCUCAGCACUUCUGUGGCUAACUGAAUGCAAAAAAAACAAUGAUUUCAGCAACACUUUUGUGAAAGGAUUUGGUACUGGUAUAUGGUGGUCAAUUGUUACCGUAGCAACAGUGGGAUAUGGUGAUAUAGUUCCAAAAUCACUUAUUGGUCGAAUUCUUUCAAUACUUUGGAUGAUAAUAGGAAUUACUCUUGUUUCUGGAUUGACUGGAAUGUUUAGCUCAGUUAUGACAACUAACUCUUUUUUGAGUAUACAAGAUCAGAAGAUUGCUGCUUUCAAUAACUCUGUUGAAUUUUUUGUGGCGAAUAAAAACUAUAACUCAAGUUUGAAAAGAGUGUAUUACUCCUACGAAGAUGUACUUGAUGAUGUGAAUUCAAAUAAUGUUGACUAUGGAGUUAUAAACAUUGAUGUUUUGUUAAAUAUUAAUUAUAAAUUAUUAUAUGAAAAUAUUGCUCUCGUUAAGUUAUUGGACUCUGCAUCGCCAGUUUUAAUAGCUUUUGGUAAUGAAACUAAUUUGAUGGCUAACUUUUAUCCAUUUAAUGAAUUCCCACCUGAUGAAGUUUUAAACUGUUUGAAACGUUUAAAUAUGAAAGACAUCAUACAAAAUGUGCAAGAAAUAUACCAUAAAAUUCCAAAUAUAGACAUUGAAGCUGGGCAAAAUUUCAAUGAUUUUAUGAAAAUUCAUUACAUAAAAUAUACUUUGAUAAUUAUUUUAAUGGUAGCCAUUUGUUUUUCCAUUAAAGAUGUUAUUCCAUAUAUUUAUUACAUAUAUAAUGGACAUAAACAUAAUAAAAUAAACGAUAUUAAUACGAAUGUUCCAAUGAAUUUACUUUUUAACAAGGAUGUUAAAGAAGAAUCUAAAUCUAUAAAUAAUCUGCUUGAAGAGUUGUCAACAAUUAACGAACAAUUGAUAAAGUUACACGGUGUUAUUUUGUCAAUACAGUAUUGUUCUGUCUGUUCAAAACAACCUCAAAAAACAUUAGACUCGUAAAAAAUAUUUCUUGAAACUAAAACAUUUAUUUGUUUUAAAUCUAUUUUCUAUAAAUGACCUUUCUAUAAAUAAAUGCUUUAUUUAUAGCUACACAUGCACAUGAAUGUUUCUUAUUUAUUUUAUGUAACGCAAU